CCCUACCCCUAAGCAUCAAAACAAAGCUUAUCACUGCAGCAACUUGCACGUCGCAGUAUUAUGUUAGACUUUAGACCUCACGUUUAUAUCAUAACAAGCUUCGGGCUUCGCUCGUAGGGGAAAAGAAGAAAAAAAACAAAGCCCCUGUAUCGAAAUUCCAACAGCGUGUGUGAAUUGUGAACUCCGACAUUUGCCAUUUUGAUAAUAAACUUUCCUCUUGCGACGCGACAAGUGUCAGACAAGACGACGACAACCGCAAAACAUCAUGAAUCUCAACCCUACCCUUUUGCCUUCGACAAGAAAUUCGAUCAAGCUAAUAAUUCGUUAUGUCGGAGUCGAGCGAUAACGAUAUUAUGUACGAGGGCCUGGCCCAACAUCAGGAUGAGCUCCUGCACCUGUGGCACGGAGCCGACGAACUCGAAUUGCAGUUCGAUGCGAGCUCAUCGAUACUUGAAGGCCACGUCACGAAGCUACGUAGCUGUCAAGACAGAUUGUUUAUAAAAACAACCAGUGGGACUUUGUACUAUGGUGACACUGUCCAAGCACAAGAAAAUGACAAAAGAUUUUUGGAGCUGAAGAAAAGUCAGUUUAACGUGAUCGAUUUGGCCACUAACAGCAAGCACUUGUUUCUAGUUCUAAACAAUGGUAGUGCAGUGACAGUUGAACCUAGAAGUUUAAAAGUAGUUGAUACUGUCGUUAUUAAAGAUGAUGUAAAAUACUGCAUUCAUGGAUACAAACAAGACAACGAAGCAGAAAAGAUAGUUGCCAUAGCAGUCAAUGAUAAUGCAUCUCUAUUUUUAACAGAUAAUGGUCAGUUAUGGGUCACAGGUGAUCAUCCUCAGAUUGACAUUCAAUCUCAGGUGCCCAAAAAAGUAAAUUUUUUUGAUGGAAGAGUCAUUUCAGAUAUUGCUUGUGGCUCAAGUUUUUAUGUAGUUCUAGUUAGAAAAGUACCCAGAUCUUCAUUAGCUCACAAAGACGAUGCUGAUAGCAAUAAUGAAUCAGAUGAAGUAUUUGUCAGGUCGUGUUCUCAGUGCCUGAACAAUCUGUUGCCUAGUCCAUUAAGCCUUAAUUUGUCAGGAUCAGGUACAACAAAAGCUCAGAAUAUAUCACUCACAAAAGAAGUUAAAUCUUUUGAUUCUAAUACAAGUAAGGAUGACGUUUUUCGCACAGUCGAAAAAGAAAAACCUACUAAAAAGUCCAUCGAUUCGACGAUUGAUAGUGAAAUUAAUGACGAGGAACCAACGGAGCCCGACAAAGAUCCCAAACGAAAUGUAAUUCUUAUUAAUACGGAAGCAGCUAAGCACUUUUUCACUCGGCAAUUGUCCUGGGUUUCGACAUACAGUGGCGGUGGCAGCAAAGACGAUGCAUCCUGCACAGACAACGUUAAUAACGACAAUCCCGCGGCCAGUCUGAUCAAGCAAAACGUCUCAAGUGUGGCGAAUCUCGUCUACGAGGGUGUGAAAACGGUCGGCGACAAAGUAGCUACGCUGUCGAGGCACGUGAGUGGCAGCUCGGAUCCCAACGAGAUCGCGCGGCCCGACGCGGACGACGAAAAUUUCGAAGAGCUGGAAAUAGACGAGUUGUACCCAAAGAAGAGCUGCUUAGCCGUUGCUACGACUCCGGGUAGCCUCAACAGUUCCACUUCGUCGGAGCACGAUCUUCUCCUGCAGUAUCAGCGAUGUCCAUCGGAGCGCAUCAAUCUUUUGGUACGAUCCGGCAGCAGUGCUCUCAAUACGGAGCUCUGGACUUGGGGUGACACCAAGUACGGACAACUCGGUGGUAACGAUGCAGCAACGACGACGAGGCAGAGGCCAAGACAAGUCACGAUGCUCAAUCACUGCGGCGUCAAGAAGAUCGCCUGUGGCGACAAUCAUACCUUGGCCAUGACUCUGGACGGCCGAGUCUUUACAUGGGGUAGGAACAAUUACAUGCAGGUUGCCGAUUGCUCGCAGCUCGAUCAGAAAACGCCACAAAUCUUCGCCUCGAACUUCGUAAACCACCUGUCGCAUAACGAGCGAGCUAUGGAUAUCGCUGCCGGAAACGAUUACAGCCUCGUUAUGAUGGGCCAAAAAAUCAUUCUCAUGGGAAAGCAAAGGUCUUCCGGUGUCAUGUCAACGUUAGAGAUCCCAAAUAUAAAGGACGAUCACAAAUUGGUCGGCAUCUUUUGCAGUCAAGAUUACAAAUGCUGCACGUCAGUGCUAACAUCCCCAAUAAGCCGGUCGAUCGUUUCCUGCCUCGAUGAAUCACUCAUAGAGGCACAAGUUUAUUUAACCGAGACACUGCUGACACAACAACACCUCGUCGCGCAGUUGCAAAAAAAAAUCGCGAGCGUGCCUACGCUGCGCGAAUUCGCUAGUGCCUUCGACGAGCUUUGUCGGUACCAUCGCGAAUUGCUUAGCUUUAUCGCACUCCACGCUCAAGAGCUGACAUAUUUUCACGAGCAGGCGAUACUUAAUAGCCUCGAUACCGAUCACUAUCCCCGGCUAGUGAUUGUGGCUAACGUGGAAGAAUGCGUUGCUGUUUACAAGGCCUAUCUGCAAGCUCUGUGCGACCUCACAGCCAUCUCCGGUUUGUCUCAAAUCGCCAAGGUCAUCGACGUUUUACCCACACUUUUGAAGCAUUUUCAGGACAAGCUCAAGUGCGAUGUGAAUAGCGAUAUUACGAACGAGGCUCUAGUAGUUUUUGCCUUGCAUCUACCUCUGCUGCAAGCUAGCAGGUACGCUAUAUUCAUUAAAAAUCUCAUAACGAACGAUUUAGUAUCAGAAAAGGAUCAACUACAAAACGCUAUGAACAAGUGGGAAUCUUUGUCAAAGUUGCAGACCAAACGAAUACAAGAAGCUGAAGCAACGAAAUGCUUUUGGGAAGGUCCUGGAAAAAUAAUCGAACAAUUGAGGUCAUUGGACAGGAGAAUGAUUCGAGAAUCGCGAACUCACUCUAUUUCCCUAUACAAUGCCGGUCGUUUUUCUUCUCACCGCUUUAUACUUUUGAACGAUGUAUUUGUACAUAUAACGGGUGGAUCUUACGUUGCGCAUCUAUUAUCUUUAUUGUGGGUUGAACUUUUGCAGGAUUCGGAUCAGUAUCAGAAUGCCAUGUCCAUCACAACACCUGAAGAGAAUUUCGUAUUGUAUACCCCGACAGCUGCCGAUCGAAGCGAUUGGUUUCACGCUUUUCAAUCUGUAAUCAAAGCUAAUCUUCGACGAAAUCCUAGUCAUAGUGCGCCACAAAUUCGCAGCGGUUUUUAUUCAUUUAGCAAGAAUUCGACGUACAAGGAUGCAAGUUACACGGGACAAUGGUUGAACGGUAAACCUCACGGAACUGGUAAACUUGAGUGGUUUGACAAUAAAAUGUAUGUAGGACAAUUUUAUAAAGGUGCAAUACAGGGUAUUGGCCGUAUGGAAAUGCCCACCCAAGGAGUCUAUGAAGGUCAGUGGAAAGAUGGUCUGCAAAACGGAUACGGCGUUAUGAAUUUCAUAAACGGCGAUGUGUAUGAGGGGUAUUUUAAAGACGGACUUCCUCACGGACACGGAGUUAAAAAAGAAGGUCAUUUUAUGGCCUCUGCAGCUUCCAUUUACAUUGGUGAAUGGUCCUGUGGAGUUAAACAAGGAUAUGGAGUCAUGGAUGAUAUAAAAACUGGAGAAAAAUAUUUAGGUUCUUGGUAUAAUAAUACCAAACAUGGUAAUGGACUCAUUGUUACUCUAGAUGGCAUUUAUUAUGAGGGAGCAUUUGUUCAAGAUGUCUUUCAGGGACACGGUAUUAUGGUUUUGGAAGAUGGAAUGCAUUACGAGGGAGAAUUCAAGUCUGUCGGUAUUUUUGGCGGUAAAGGCAUUUUAACGUUUACAAACGAAGAGAAGUUGGAAGGAAACUUUAGUGGAGCUUGGAACGAAGGUAUCAAAGUUACUGCGACUCUUCGUAUUAACAAUAAAACAGUGAAUAAAGUUAAAAACACACCCCCCUCGUUUGGUAAAUUAUGCGCGCCAACUGUCCAAAAGUGGGAGCCAAUAUUUCGGCAAUUUUAUCAAGAGCUCAACAUCUCAGAAUUAAAAAACAAUAAUAGUAAGGCGCCUGCUGGCGCGCUAAUGAGCGAAAGUCAAAAACUGUGGCACAACGUCGCAGCGGUUAUUUGUAAAUCUCAGCGCAACGGUCAAAAGCGGCAAUGCUUCAACAGCAACAUUUGCCUCUCGUCGUCGCUGAGCCCAAGUAAAGAAGAUUCUUCCAAGGAAGAUCAAGACUUACUCAAUCGAAUUUUGUACUUCGAGCAAGACCAAUUGAGCAUCGCCACUUACAUGCAAAUACACGCGUACUUGACGCGUGCAUUCGAGAGCCAGCAUCAUCCACUUGGCACGCUACUGAACGAGCUCGCCUCUGUUUACACGGCCACUUACGGAGGUGUGCGAGUUCAUCCGCUUCUGUUAGAACACGCAGUCGACGAGCUGAAAAAGAUUACCAAACGAAUUUAUGAAGCUGUCACGUUAUUUUUUCCAACGCUCCCGAAGGGUGACAUUCAGUUGACUUUAAAACCCGCCGACGAUUCGGAAGAAGAAAAAAUUAUCAGUGCUGAUUCGAUACUUCAUCCAAUAUUGCUACCACGCGUUUAUUCGGCUCUAUUUGUGCUUUAUGCUCUUCACAAUAAAAAAAAUGACGACGCUUACUGGGAGCGUUUAAUCAAAUGGAAUAAACAACCAACCAAUACCCUAUUAGUAUUUUUGGGAGUUGAUGGAAAAUUUUGGCAAAAUUUCGAUACAGAAAGUAAUGAUGUUUUUCUCAAUGAAGCAAUAGAAACAUUGCAACAAUUGAAAACCACUUUUUCAGCUGUUGAAAAAUUAAUGGUCAUCAGAAAUACUCAUUAUCAAAUAGUAGAAUCUGUACAGAAAAGAUUGGAAAACUGCAAAUUGCCAGCUGAUCAAUUAAUUCCUAUAUUUUAUUUCGUCGUUGUUCGAGCUGGUGUACUUCAACUAGGAAGUGAAAUUCAUUUCAUCAAAGAUUUCAUGGAACCUUACUUGGAAUCUGGUGAAAUCGGUUACUGCUUUUCGACCAUUCUGGGUAUCUAUGAUCACAUUUUGCAUGAGAAAAUAUCAAUGGUUGAUUAAGUUUAGACUAAGUUGCCUCUGUCUGGCACAGAGAAAUACAAAAUAAUCAGGAUUUUAUUAAUUUAUAAAUAUCAAACUUAAAACUGUAGGUACAUUAAUAGUAAUAAUAUUAAAUUUUCAUUCUCUGACUUAAUCCUAAAUAUUUGGAUUUAUCCGUUAUUGUUGAAAUAAUUUUAUUUUUUAAAUCCAGUAACACAGCAUUCCAUAAUUAAUUUGUAGAUGUACAAAUAAAUCAAAUUUUUUAAUUCAGAGUGUAUAUUACAAAAUAACCCAUGAUGUUAUGUCUCUCGUACACGAUCUAUCUAGAUAUAUAAUGUUAUGUAUGUGUAUAGAUAUUCAUAGAGAAAUUAUGUUAGAGUCGAACAGACUUUUUUUUUAAUUAUUGUUACUUGAUAAAACCAAAUGUAAAUAUAUUUAAAUAAAAACAAUACAAUUGUUCAUAGCAUCACUCAUUAUGUGAAAUGAAGAAAUAAUAUGUUCUCAAGAUUU